CACCCCGCCGCCUCCAUGGGCGACUCCUCGGUGGCGGCCGGCGCGCUGGUGCCGGCGGGGCCCAAGCCGGACCCGGCGCCGUCCACCGGCGGGGACGCCCCCCAGGUCCAACCCCAGGCGCAGCAGCACCCGUCGUCGCCGGCGGAGGACGACGCGGGGGCGGCGUCGGCGUCGUCGCCGGAGGAGGGGGACGGGGAGGAGGGGGUGGGCGAGGCCGAGGCCGCGCCCGACAGGGAGCUGCUGUGCCCGAUCUGCAUGGCGCUCAUCAAGGACGCCUUCCUCACCGCCUGCGGCCACAGCUUCUGCUACAUGUGCAUCGUCACGCACCUCACGCACAAGAGCGACUGCCCAUGCUGCAGCAACUACCUCACCAAGGCGCAGCUAUACCCCAACUUCCUGCUCGACAAGGUUUUGAAGAAAAUGUCGGCCCGGCAAGUUGCAAAAACAGCAUCUCCCAUUGAUCAACUUCGACAUGUUGUGCAACAGGGAAACGAUAUGUCGGUUAAAGAGCUAGACAGCCUCAUGACUUUGAUUGCUGAGAAGAAGAGGCAAAUGGAACAACAAGAGUCAGAGACAAAUAUGCAAAUAUUGCUAGUGUUCUUGCACUGCCUUAGAAAGCAAAAGCUGGAUGAGUUGAAUGAGAUUCAAACUGAUCUGCAGUACAUCAAAGAUGAUAUAAGCAGUGUGGAGAGACAUAGAUUAGAUUUGUAUCGAACAAAAGAAAGGUACUCCAUGAAGCUGCGCAUGCUUUUGGAUGAACCUGCUGCAUCAAAGAUGUGGCCCUCGCCUAUGGACAGACCUAGCAGUCCCUUUCUCCCCAAUUCCCGGGCACCACUUAAUGCAUCAUCUCCAGGGGGUUUAAAUAAUAGGAAACAUGAUUUGAGAGCUCAAGUAAGCCAGCAAGGAUAUCAAAGAAGAGAUGCCCUUGUUUGCCCAGACCCUCCUAAUCCCCCUAUACAGUCGGGUAACGUAAUUGCUCGGAAGAGGCGAGUUCAAGCACAGUUCAAUGAGCUUCAAGAAUACUAUCUGCAAAGACGGCGUACCGGAGGACAGUCACGCAGGCAGGAUGACAUUGUUGCAAUGAAUAGAGAAGGUUAUCAUGAAGGUCUUGAAGAUUUCCAGUCUGUGCUAACAACAUUCACUCGAUACAGUCGCUUACGUGUAAUAGCAGAACUGAGACAUGGAGAUCUUUUCCACACUGCAAACAUUGUAUCCAGUAUCGAAUUUGAUCGUGAUGAUGAGCUAUUCGCUACUGCUGGAGUGUCGAAGCGUAUUAAAGUCUUCGAAUUUUCUACAGUUGUUAACGAGCCAUCAGAUGUUCACUGUCCAGUUGUUGAAAUGGCUACCAGAUCUAAACUCAGCUGCCUUAGCUGGAACAAGUACUCAAAAAAUAUUAUAGCAAGCAGUGAUUAUGAGGGCAUAGUUACUGUUUGGGAUGUUCAAACCCGCCAGAGUGUGAUGGAGUACGAAGAGCAUGAGAAAAGAGCAUGGAGUGUUGAUUUUUCGCGUACAGAGCCCUCAAUGCUCGUAUCUGGGAGUGAUGAUUGCAAGGUCAAAGUGUGGUGCACAAAACAGGAAGCAAGUGCCAUUAACAUUGAUAUGAAGGCAAAUAUUUGCUCCGUUAAAUAUAAUCCUGGAUCGAGCUACUUUGUCGCCGUCGGAUCUGCUGAUCACCAUAUUCAUUAUUUCGAUUUGCGAAAUCCAAGUGCGCCUCUCCAUGUUUUUGGUGGGCAUAAGAAAGCCGUUUCGUAUGUGAAGUUCUUAUCUAACAAUGAGCUUGCAUCUGCAUCGACCGAUAGCACGUUACGGUUAUGGGAUGUCAAGGACAAUUGCCCAGUAAGGACGUUCAGAGGGCACAAAAAUGAGAAGAACUUCGUUGGGCUAUCGGUAAAUAACGAGUAUAUUGCAUGUGGGAGUGAAACAAAUGAGGUUUUUGUUUACCACAAGGCAAUCUCAAAACCUGCUUCCAGCCAUAGGUUUGUAUCCUCCGACCUGGACGAAGCUGAAGAUGAUCCUGGGUCUUAUUUCAUUAGCGCUGUCUGCUGGAAGAGCGAUAGCCCUACUAUGCUAACUGCCAACAGUCAGGGGACCAUUAAAGUUCUCGUGCUUGCUCCUUGACGUGAUCAAGGGCUUCCGUCAGAUCCAUAGGUAGCUUGUAUAUCCUAUAUAUCCUGUCGCGCCAUUGUGUUGUGCCGUUAUAUGUCCCGAAGUGGGCGUGGAGGCGUAUCGAUCUCCAGUGUAGGGCGCGGAAUUUUUGGAGAUACUCAUCUGACAUAGGGGUUCGAGGGCUCGGAAUGUGUGCAUAGUGUUGAUUCUGUUAUAUAGGUGUAAAGCAGCCAGCUUGUCGGUUACAUGUGUACCGUGAGAAAUAGACCUUAAAUAAAAGUUCAGCUUGGUUUUCUAA